UGUUCCAUAAAUUGACGGUUGUUUCAUUCAGCUUUUGUAAGAAGCUCGAGAGCUUUCAGACAACAACGAUAAAAGGAAAAGAAGCGGCAAUGUCCAAUUCAGGCGAAAAGUCCGGCAAGGCUCUCGAGAGAGCAAGUUUUGUCAAUCUUCUUAGUCAGUUCUUGAAAGAAAAAAGAAAUCUUGGGGAUAUCAGUGUUGGGAUGGCUUCAAAACAUGAAUCUAAAGGGAUUGAAACAUCUAGGCAACGAGCGGCGACGAUGAACUUUUUGCCUAGUAUGGAUAAUUCUUCUGAGAAUUUAAAACCGACUCUUGUGGCAUCUCCUUUAAAUUCAAACGCGAAACCUUCUGGUUUUUUCGCAGAUAUUGGCAGUUUUGAUGCCUCCAGUUCCAAGGAAUAUACCAAUAACACGACAGAUUUCAGGAAACCGGCAAAAGUGGAGGCAAAGAAUUCCCAGCUGACCAUGUUUUUUGGGGGCCAAGUGGUGGUAUUUAACGACUUUCCUUCACACAAGUUGAAGGAAAUCAUGGACAUUUUAGCUAGCUAUGGAUGCUCUACUGCAUGCAGUGGCCUUGUUGCUGACACCGGCAUGGAAAAAUUUGAUUCUAAAAUGGACAAAGUCGAGUCUAGCAAUCCUGAAAUUCCGGACCUGAACGUCGCCACCACGACUGGAAAUAGUCCUUCUCAGGUUCCAUCCGUUGAGCGGUGUGAAUAUGGCGGUUCAGAUUUACGGAUUGCCAGAAGAAAUUCACUUCACAAGUUCUUCGAAAAGAGAAAAGACAGGGCAGCUGCAAGAGCCCCAUACCAAGUUAACAACGUUAGAGGGUCUCCUCCGCCGCCUAAGCCUGACGAGAGCAGUCCAUCUCACAAGGAAGGUCGAUCGUCGAAAGAAGCAUCAAGUGAUCUUGAUCUCAAGUUAUAGUAACAUUGUUUCAAU